CUGCCCAACAGCCGCGGCUUGGAGCGAGCGCUGGAGGAGGCGACUUUCAGCGGCGCGUUGAACCUCAGCGCCAGGAAACUCAAGGAGUUCCCGCGGACGGCCGCCGGACUCGACCUGAGCGACACGGUGGAGGCAGAUUUGUCCAAGAACCGUCUGUCGGACGUGCCCUCGGAAGUGUGCCACCUGGUGGCCUUGGAGAGCCUCAACUUGUACCACAACUGCAUCAGGAGCAUCCCGGACGCCGUCAUCAGCCUGCACUCGCUCACCUCGCUCAACCUCAGUCGCAACCAGCUGAGCUCGUUACCGGCCUGCUUGUGCACCCUGCCGCUGCGCGUCCUCAACGCCAGCAACAACAAACUGGUCAGCCUGCCCGAGAGCGUCGGACAACUCCGCCGCCUCAUGGAGCUGGACAUCAGCUGUAACGAGCUCACGACCCUACCGCGACACAUCGGACGACUGCGGGCGCUACGGGAGCUCAACGUACGUCGGAACCUGCUGUGCGUCCUUCCGGAAGACCUGGCCGACCUUCCUUUGGUCAAGUUGGACUUCUCGUGCAACAAGGUGUCCACCAUUCCGCUGGGCUACCGGAGGAUGGCGCAGCUGCAGGCCCUGCGCCUGGAGAACAACCCGCUGCAGAGCCCGCCUGCACAGAUCUGUCUGAAGGGCAAAGUUCACAUCUUCAAGUAUCUCAGCAUGGAGGCGUCUCGCGGCGACAAGUUGGCCGACGCCCUCUACCUGCCCGCCAUGGAGCGCCUCAGUUUGAUGCGCGUGGACGACAUGACGGAGCAGCAGAGGAAGCGGGACAGCGACUCGGGAGUCGGCAGCGACAUCGGAGAGAAGAGGCUCUCGGCAACGGAGCCGUCGGACGAAGACAGUUUGAGUCUCAACGCGCCCAUGAGUCACAUCACGGAGGAGGACGGCCUCGCCAAAGACGACUCCGGCGAACGCAUCGGCUCCCCGACGGAUCCCGGCUCGGAGGCGGCGCGGCGGAUGGAGGAGAGCCCCGGCGAGGCGCCGAGGGAGCGGCCGGGCCACAGAGACCCCGCCGCCGUCGGCUUCGUGGGCUACGGCAAGGGCCGGACGACGACGACGACGGCGGCGGACUUGGACGAGCCGUUGAGGAUCGACGAAGACGCGCGCUGGACAACAGAGUCAAGGGUGACGGGCGACGACGGCGGGCCGCGCUUGGACGCGAUCGACCAGCUGAAGGAGGCCGCGGAGCUCCUGCGGGAUCCCGGCAGAAUCCAUUUGGAGCAGGAGGACAUGUGCGGCGUGCGACUGUACCCCGUGGAAAUGGUCCCGGUGGAGCUGGCCGUCAACGGGCAAGACAGCGACGACGAUGACGACGUCACCGCACCUCAGCGACCGAACCGUUCCCCGGGCAGACUUCCCACUCUGUCCGGCGCCCCGUUUGGACUGAAACCUCGCUCAGCCCCGUCCUCGCUUCCCUGCUCGCCCCCUUCCUCCCCCGCCCGUCUCUCGCAGGCCCCGCCCCUCUUUGGAAGUUUGCAACGUAGCCGGGGCGACGGAGGCGCGCCUGAGCGCGUGUUCCUACGCAGCCACAAGAGUGCGGAGUGUGUGGACCCGCAGUUCACCAUGAGGAGGAAGAUGGAGCAGCUGAGGGAAGAGCUGGAGCUGAUGGAACAGCUCCGAGACAGCAUCGAGAGCCGGCUGAAGUUGGCGCUUCCCGACGACCUGGGCACCUCGCUGAUGGACGGCGUGGUGCUUUGCCACUUGGCCAAUCACAUUCGCCCGCGCUCGGUGAUCAGCAUCCACGUGCCCUCGCCCGCCGUGCCCAAACUCAGCAUGGCCAAGUGUCGGCGGAACGUGGAGAACUUCCUGGACGCCUGUCGGAAGAUCGGCGUGCCCGAGGACAAGUUGUGCCUGCCGCAGCACAUCCUGGAGGAGAAAGGCCUGCUCAAGGUCGGCGUCGUGGUGCGGGCCCUGCUGGAGCGCAAGACCGCCACCGCACAUGGACCUGGACCUGGACCGGGACCGGGCCUGGGACUGCGCACGUGACGCCGCCACCCGACCCGCGACCGCAGCAAAAGAAAA